AAUCGUACGUGGUUGAAUGUUCCUCAGGAUCAGUCAGCCUGGGCAUAUGCUUGCAUAUGGUUUUCUCAGAGAGUGUGCCGCCUUCUGCUGAGUAAACUCGGUUGAAUUCAAAGUGUUCCCUAAUCGCCGAAUGCCUUUACCCGACCUUCAUUAAUGUCUGUUCGGCUUGGGCGAGAUUCCUGAUAUAUAAAGUGCACUGUGUACAUCGCUGUGUCCCCAGACAAUUGAUAUCCAUUCCACGCAUCUCAUACCUAGUUUGAUAAUCCUUGAUUCCAAUAGAGCACCAUGUCGUCCUCAACAUCCGCCCUCUUCUCCCCCAUCCGCGUUGGCAAUAUGAACUUACAGCACCGCGUCGUUCUUGCCCCACUUACUCGUUACCGCGCGCACGCAGAUCACGUUCCAGGCCCACAAGCCCCAGCGUACUACUCUCAGCGAGGGUCCAUCCCUGGAACUCUUCUUGUCACAGAGGCCACACUCAUAUCUCAGAAUGCUGGCGGUUAUGACAAUGUCCCUGGAAUAUACACUGAGGCCCAUAUUGAGGGGUGGAAGAAGGUGACAGAUGCAGUCCACGAGAAGGGCUCGUUCAUUUUCCUACAACUCUGGGCACUCGGCCGCGCCGCAGAAACCGCCGCUCUCGCCAAAGAGAACAACAGUCCCUAUGUGGGAGCCUCACCCAUUCCCCUCCCUGGAAGGCCAGAAACAGAAGUGCCACGCGCUCUCACCACAGAUGAAAUCAAGGAGUACGUUUACACGUACGCCGCCGCCGCGAAAAAUGCCAUUCGAGCGGGCUUCGAUGGUGUUGAAAUUCAUGGCGCGAACGGCUACUUGAUCGACCAAUUCAUUCAAGACGUUACCAACCACCGUACGGAUGAAUAUGGCGGGAGUAUCGAGAAUCGGGCGAGAUUCGCACUCGAGGUUGCAGAUGCCGUUGUAGAGGCUGUUGGCGCCGAGAGGACAGGGUUCCGAAUGAGUCCAUGGGGCAUAUUCAGCGGAAUGGGCAUGGCAGAUCCAAAACCCCAGUUCUCCUACGUCGCCGAGCAAUUGCACAAGCGCAAACUCGCCUACCUGCACGUCGUAGAGCCGCAGACUUCCGAACAGAAGAGCGAUUUCCUCCGUGAUAUCUGGAAUGGACGUGAUGGGCGUGAGGGAAGCACGUUCAUCAGCGCGAAUGGGCAUGACCGCAAGAGCGCUAUUGAGACGGCAGACAACAAGGGCGGACUUGUUGCAUUCGGGAGGUCGUUUAUGCCAAACCCCGACCUUCCAUUCCGCCUACUAAAGGACAUUCCGCUCGAGCGUGGGGACCAGAAAACGUGGUACAUAGUCGGUAAUUUAACGCCAACGGGCUACUCUGACUGGCCCUUUGCGCCGGAGUAUGGUCAGCAGAUUCUAAGUUCUGAACACUAAAAUAGACGACUGGGACACUAGAGAUACCAUGAUAUUACCCUCCAUGCGCAUUAUAAUAUUUAUUCAAGCUUAUCUGCACACACGGCUCAGUCAGUUGGCAGCGUGUAUUUUUAAUCUUAUGCCUGCUCCACACGCAAGGUCAGCCUAUC